AUGGCCGAAAAAGUUUAUUUAGUCAAUCCCGAAACAGGUAGUCGUCAUCGUCUUAACGACUGUAAACCUAGUCUACGACAAUCGACUGCACUGAAAUUUUCAUCUGCACGAAAGUAUACAGACAAAGCUUUACCUUCAUCAGUUGAUUUAACUGAAGCAAUGACAGCGGUAGAACUCCAAGAGGAUACCUCAGCAUGUGUUGGUAACGCAUUGGCUGCUGCCUAUGAAUUUUUAAUAAAGAAAAAAACUGGAAAAGAUAUUGAUGUGAGUCGUCUGUUUAUUUAUUACAAUGGUCGUAUGAAGGAUGAACCCGAUAUUAAAUUUGUGGAGGAUUCCGGUUGUUCUAUUACAGGCGCUAUUAUGGGAUUGAAGGAAUAUGGUUGUUGUAAAGAAGAAAACUUUCGAUAUGAUAUCAACAGAAUCAAUGAACGCCCACCGUGUCAGUGUUAUUCAGAGGCUGCGAACUAUCGUAUAACGAAUGGCAUGCAAUUAAAUGCUAAUUUGUAUGAAAUGAAAGCGUGUUUAGCACAAGGCUAUCCAUUUGCAUUUGGUCUUGCGACGUUCCCAUCAUUUGCCGAGGCUGAAACAAAUGGUGGGAUCGUGCUGAUGCCAAAACCUGAGGAAACCAAGAACAGCAAUGGUGAUCUACAUGCGAUGCUAGCAGUUGGAUACGUUGAUCGAUCAGAACAGUUCAUUGUUAAAAAUUCAUGGGGCUCAAAAUGGGGUGAUAAAGGAUACUGUUACAUUCCUUAUGCUUAUAUGAGCGAUCCAAAAUAUUGUUCAGAUUUACACACAAUAAAAACAAUAUCGGAAGGUGCUCGUCGUCGCAGAGAACAAAGAAUACAAAAUGCAAACAUCUCAAAUAAUCAAAAAGACACCCACAUUUAUGGAAAAGAUCAUCCUAAACAUCUCGAAAACUCUGCUCAUAAUGGUACGAUAGAUGAUGAUGAUGAUGAUGAUGAUGAUGAUGAAGACGACUAUUACAAAGAUAAAAAGUUUUGGAAAACAGAUCGAUCAGAUUAUAUUGCUGCUAAGAUUUUACCAAAUCCUGGACCCCCCCAUCUUGUACCAGGGUCGUCACCACGACCUCGACCUUUCAUUGAAAGACAAUCACAAGCUAAUAACUCCUCAUCCAAAUCUUAUAUACUUUGGAUUGAUAAAAAAAGUGGAGAUAAUUCUGGUAUUGCAAAUCAAUUAAUAGCCGAUGGAAAUGUUCACAUAGAUUUUCGUGAGUCAUUUGCAAAGGCACAAGAUCAUAUACGAGAAGUUCUAAAUAAAAUAAAAUCACCUUCGUCAACAUUUCAAAUCGUCUGUCGUGGUUUUUAUAGACAUGAAAAUAAAAAUCCAUUUGAUUUAUUAUUACUAUUGAAUAAAAACAAUUUAAGACAUAUACCAGUUAUUGUUUUUACUAAUGAUAAACAAGGUUUAAUAAGUCAUUUGGAACACCAGGCACCAUCGGUUGGCCUUAUUGAUUGGAAAGAUCGUUUAUACAUAACAAGUGAUGCAAAAAAAUUAGUUACAAAAUGCAAGACAAAUAUUCAAAAAAAAACAUCAUAA